GGACUGUGUCGAUGGACAGAACAGCCUGCGCCAGAAUGAAGGCACUCAGGGUUGUCCUCCUGGUCUUGCUGCUAAGUGGACAUUCAGGGAGCAGGAGGACACAAGAAGAAGAUGGUGAUGUGGACUUGGGGCCAGAGAGCUAUGGCUACGAUGAUGACUAUGAAGAGGAAGAAGAGGAGACCAACAUGGUCCCUGGCAGCAGGGACAGAGAAUCCUUACAGUGCUACAUCUGCCAGUCGCUACACAGUGGGGAGAGCUGCAACCAGACACAGAGCUGCUACCACAGCAAGACCUUCUGCACCACACUCAUCUCCCAUGGCAACACUGAUAAAGGUCUCCUGACCACCUACUCCAUGUGGUGUACCGAUACCUGCCAACCCUUCACCAAGACAGUAUCUGGCACCCAGGUGACCAAGAGCUGUUGCCAGUCCACAUUGUGCAAUAUUCCACCCUGGCAGAGCCCUCAAGUCCAGGACUCUCCGGGUGGCCAAGCAAGCAUCCCUAUGGAUGGUGGAGCCAGACAUCCAGAAGGUGGCAGGGUUGGCCACCCCCAGGUUGUCAAGAUUACCUCUCCUCAGAGUGAUGGGGCUAGCUUGCCCAAAGGUGGAAGGGCUAACCGGCCCCAGGGCAGUGGGGCAGGAUGCCCACCAGGCUGGCCCAAAUUUGGUAACACAGCCCUCCUUCUAGGCCUCCUCACUAGCGUAUGGGCAUCGGGGGUCUGAAGACCUACCCUCCUCCUAGCAGGAUACCCUGGC